AUGGCCGCAGGUGAACCAUGCGACCACCCGAGCCAGGACUCUCCCGUGCCAUCAGUCGAAGAAGCGAUGUAUCUCAUCAAAGUUUACCCAGAUGGCGACCGCGUCACAGCAGCAAAAAGGGUUCUCCGCCGGGAGUUCGCUCAAUUAUUCUGCAGAAUUGCUGCCAAACCGACGACAUACGUUUUGAGUUAUGUGGAGUACGACGUCCUAGACUAUCACAGGUAUCGGUCCAGAUUCGACAACACCUUAACGCGAGAAGCUCGCCGCAGAUAUUGGGACAGCGGAGGAGCGCAUCCUAGUAUCCAGAAGACCAUGGAAUGUCUGCAACGCUCACGAAAGGCCCAAUCCGCCAACGCCACUCAAGACAGCCCGGAGGCCCAUAGCGUCAAGACAGCGAGCAGCGAGAAGAGCUCAUCGAUUUCGCGAGCCAGAUCGACCGAAGGCCGCCCGCGACUGCUCAAAGUGCCAAUGAAUCGCAAGUUCGCAUGCAACAACCUCGCUCGGCUGCCGAACCAGCGAACACGAGCCGCCUUCCCCUGA